AUGGACAGCAAGGAACAAGAUAACAACCUCAAUCAUGACAAUCCAACCCUCAAUGACAUUUUCGAAGAGCACGAGCCCACUUCAGACACAUCUCUACUCCGCCGUAUCGACGUUCGCAUCCUCCCGAUAAUGUUCCUAGCCUACUUCCUGCAGUUUCUUGACAAAGUGUGUCUAAAUUACGCAAAUGUAAUGGGCAUACAAGAUGAGCUCUCCAUGUCUGGAAACGACUUUUCCUGGCUAGCAACUGCGUUCUUUAUCGCCUAUGCAGUUGCUGAGGUCCCACAAGGAUACCUACUGCAGAAAUACCCCGUCACAAAGGUCCUAGCCGCCAAUAUCUUUAUCUGGGGCGUGAUGCUCUGCUGCUCUGCUGCAGUGCAGAACUAUGCCGGGCUUCUAGCCCUCCGUGUCCUUUUGGGAACGGCAGAAGCUGUAAUUGCACCCGCAUUGACCAUCUAUACAAGCAUGUGGUACACACCCGCUGAAGCAAGCCCGCGCUUUGGGCUUUGGUAUUGCGGUCUCGGAACGGGGCAGAUCCUCGGCGGUCUCAUUUCAUUCGGUGCACAACAUGCCUCGUCCUCGCAAUCCUUUUCCGGUUGGAGGAUUAUGUUUCUCGUUAUCGGGUUUGCAAAUAUUGCCGUCUCAUUACUCGUUCUGGUCGUUCUGCCGGUCUCACCGGAAACAGCGUCUUUCCUGUCCCCGGACGCGAAAACACGUAUAUUCCACCGGUUAAAGAGCGCUGUGACAGGCGGGCUCGGAAACAAGACAUUCCACGCGCCCUCGGUGUUAACUACUUUAGGUGAUCCCCAAACCUGGCUCUUGUGCCUCCUCACCAUCCUCGUCACUAUCCCUUCUGGUCUGAUCGUUACCUUUUCCUCAAUCCUAAUAAAGGGGUUCGGUUAUACUUCUAAGGAAUCGGCUCUCCUGAACAUGCCGUCUGGCGUGGUAAGUAUCCUCUCCAUCCUGUUGUCCACAUACGCAGUCGCAAAGGGGUACUCGAGGUGGCUUGCGAUCGACCUUUUGCUUGUCCCGACGCUAUUGGGCUCAUGUCUCAUGAGUUUUCUGCCGAAGAGUAAUCAGGCCGGAUUGUUGGUGGGGAUUUAUAUGGUAAAUACGACUGUCGCCCCCUUGAUUCUGAUCUUCGCCUGGACGGGAGCGAAUUUUAAGGGGUAUACCGGCAAGGUCACAGGCUGCGCGUUUAUAUCUGCAGCAUUCAGCAUUGCGAAUAUCAUCGGCCCGCAGACCUUUCAGGCGAGGGAUGCUCCUGAAUAUCUUCCCGCUAAGGUCACCAUUGUGGUCGCGAAUGCUGCAGCGAUCGCGGUCUCAACUGCGCUGAGGUUGCUCUACGGGAGCAGGAACCGAGAGGCUGAAAGGCUAGGGGCUCUGGUUUCGGCGAAGAGCUGGAUGGAAAAACGGGUCGUCAGGCAGGUGGAGGAAGAGGAGACUGGAUUCCGGUAUAUUUACUGA